AAACACAAUGGAUCGAAUGUUGGGAUGGUUGAAACGUCGAUCGGAGAACGCCCAGGUCACCUACUCGCGAUUCGGACUGCCCGGUGACGAAGUGGACGAACGGCCGCCACCCACGCUCUGCCACGUGGCACAUUUUGACGACGACGCUCCGGAAUACCGCGCGUUUUUUACACAUGCGACACGGGCGGCCGCCAUUGCCGCUGGCUUUGGGCUCAGCUGCUCGCUCUUCUCGUUUGCAAUGUUCUUGUUCGAAUUCCGAUGGGAUGAUCAUGGCCGAGGUUUCGAUGCGGGCACUGUUGUUGCCUCCCUCCUGUUCCUGAUAAUCGGCGUCCUAGUCCAUUGGCAAGUUAUAAUCGGAAUAAAAAAGGAGUCUGCGGUGCAUAUGAUCCCAGCAAUCAUGGUCUACACGUUUUUGAUUGUCGUCGAGCUGAUUGUCUACGUUUUGGCCGCAAAUCACCUCGUCAACUCGGCUUCCCUGUUCGCCUAUCCACCGGACAAACAGACGCCAACGUUCCUCACAUUAUCGAUUUUCUACCUGACACUUGUCGGAAUUCAGACUUCGAUGCUUUUGUCGAUUACCAAGGCUCGGAACUACUACGAAGCCAAGGAUAUCCAUAAAAAGGAGGUUCGGGUUGCCGAACAUGGGAAACGCCUCAAUCCCCAAAUGCAAAUUGUCUACGUCAAAGACGGUGACCAGGUGGACCCCAUGUCGACCGACGGUGAGCCGGUGACGUCACCACCGCCACGUGUCAUUUUGGCGGCCAACGAUGACAUUGCCUAAAUUGUUCCCUUUUUCUAUUUUUAAUGUAAAACCUGUAUUUCUCUCUCCAAUCUGUGUAUCUUCUGUACCAUGGCUUUAUUUUGCAUAAUUUCUCACCAAUUUCUUGUCAGUUCUUCUUACCUUGCCGUUUUUUCAUGUAAAAAUACAUAAAUUUUAGUCCAAA